UGGUUGUCUAUUUUUAGAAACAACUCAGCACGGCGAUACCCCACACAUGGCGGUGGAUUCGGGUCAUCGAGGAGAUGUCAGUCCCGUAUCGGUUAGGACGGUAACAGUAAUGAUCAGAAAACCGACACAUGCAUGACGUAACUGUAACAUAUAUAUUAUGGAUGAUAUCCUUCCCAAAACACCCAAACCAUCACGAAACGUACCCGCGGUACGUUCCACGUGAGUGAUUUACUUACCGGAUUUUUUCGGACGCCAUGUUGGUGAGCAACACAUGUUAUACUAUGGACGGUUGAUAAAGUACGUUUAUAAAUUCUGUGCAGUGUUAAUGGAAACGUAACCAAUCACGCACCAUAAACGCAGUGUUAGUUGAUAUUUUUUAAAAUGUCAGGGGAUGCUUCACCACGUUUACCUGUGUUUGACGGUUCUCAGAGGGUACUCAUCCCAGAACUGUGGAUGAGAAAAUUUGAAGACUUUAGUCACUUAAUGCAGUGGAGUGACGAUGAAGCCGUUCGACAAUUUCGACAACAUUUAUCAGGAAGUGCCGAGUGCUGGUACCAUUCUCUGCAAGAGGAAGACACAGCAAGAUUUAACACUCUGAAAAGAGUAUUCAAGGAACAUUUCUAUCGGGUUAAUAUUGACCCAGCUGGGUUACAAAGAGAUUUAGAGUCCAGAAGGCAGGCACCAGAUGAGUCCAUAGAGGAUUAUCUUCACCAGAAGUUGACAUAUAUACUCCAGUCAGACAUAAUCCGAACCCCGGAAGCUAUAGAUCUUGUUUAUAACGGGCUUCUUCCCGCCAUUAGGGAGCUGAUCAACAUUCAACAUAUAUCUUCUCUGGAGGAAUUACAGAGGUCAGCAAGGAAACAGUAUGUCAGGAUAUCAAGACGCACUGGGUGUAUACUGAGGCAUCGGGAAAUUAACGCUGUUGAAUUUGGCAGCAUCGUCGGGGUGGCAGAUGGAACCGUGGGAACGGCGAACACUGCAGCGACUGUCAAUGGAGGGAUGGGAAACACCAACGUGCAUUUCAACCUGUACCAGCCGACAUCGGAAGACCGAGGGGAGGUCGUUAUAUCCUGUCUGAGGGCUCUGAACCGUGGCGAGGAUAUAGCACACUUAAUGAAUGAGUUUCAACCAUGCGGGGACACGGGGAACACCAACCGAACUAGUCCAGAGCCUGCAAGGACUCCUCCAUCUAACUUAGGGCACACACAUCUUCACCCCUCACUUGUCAUGGAGGAGCCUUGCACAAUUGAGAGUCACAUGCUUUCGAGACAGUCAGAUGUCAGUUCGAGAUCCUCCAUGAGCUUGGACCCAGCUCUAUGUACCGUAAAGCCCCGCAUCAGUGACAAUAGCUUCGUCGCUCAUCCCGAAGACGACAUAAGUGCUUGUCUCGCUGUAUCUCACGAGAUGUAUUCUUACGAGACUUUAUCUCACAGAACUAUUGACCUAACUCCGUAUGAGGAAGCCACAAGUAAGAAACUCAGCAAGUGUCACGUGACACACCCCGAGGAGGACACCAGUGCAGAGAUCAGCCUGGAAGCAUAUCCACAGAAGGCUACCAGCAUCGAAAGUGCGAGGUACACCAGGAUCAGUGGCAAUUGGCUUCGAACUCAUCCAGUUGACGAUCAAAACAGCCUUUAUACCUGUCCGCUGUCUCUGAAAGAUGACAUCUCCCAAAGUCUGAGUCUGACUCACGUAUCCCAUCCAGACGGUAGCAGCAACAGCAACAGCCUCAUCGGAAUUGCCAACAUCUUCACCAGCGAGCUACCACCCGAGUCUGUAACGUGUUACAGUAUGGGAAACAAGUCUUUUGUUUCUCACUCUUUGGAGGACACAGUCGCCAUUUUCGAUAGGACAGAUGAUGUUUUACCUGAAGACACAACCUUUCGUAAGAUGGUAGAUGGCAGCAGCAGUAUCGGCAGCCAAGCGGAUGAUGACCAUGGCGAGAGUCUGACGUUCAGGAAAACCUUAGACCCAGACACUAGUCACGUAGAGGCAGAGCGUUCAUGUUCACUAUACGAGCCUGUCCUGUACUCUGACACAAGUUUCCACAGCCUCAACGCUAGAGACCAAGGAGGGGUCCUAGAGGACGCUUCACGUAGGACGCCAAUGUCACACAGCCCCGCAGGAGCAGGUAUUGUCGGUUCAAACAUUCAUUACCCAGUGAUAUGCCACAAUCGCCCGAUUGAAACGGAUGUUGACUAUAUCAUGCAUGAUGCAGUUGCCACCGCCAACCCUAACAGCAUCAAUAGACCGGCAUCUACUGAUGAUUUCUCCAUAUGUCCAUAUGGCAGAGAAGAUCCCCCACCAUAUGCAGUUGCGACCGCCAUCCCUAACAGCAUUAAUGGACCAGCAUCAAUUGCCGAUCUCUCCAUAUGUCAGGAUAGCACAGAAGACCCUACACCAUGUAUAAUCAUUACAACGAUGCGGGCACACACCACACGGCCAGAUGAAUCCCGAACCACAGGCCUUGCCCCCCAAGAUGGCGUGUACAGGGUCCAGUUUGACAUGGACCUAAACUACUGUAUGAGCCCGAGUGGAAGACGCAGCUACAUAGAACAAUUAGAACCGCCUAGUACAGACUCCUGGGACUACGUUUGUCGUCAGGAAUACACCUCCCACAGCUCUUUCUGUAAGGUUUCUGAAGCAUGGAAAGAGAUAUACUGAUAGUAAUCGGG